AAUCUGUAGGAGCUUGUGAUGUCCGACUGGAGCUCUGAGAUGCUGGAGCUGCGCUUAAUGAAGAGCCAGACAGAACCAACAACUCCAUCUACUUCGAGUUUUCUGGGUAAUAAGACCAGCUGUGCCGAGCAACUUCUGCGCUAUGGGAAUACUGAGAAAGUGCUGAUCGGAGGAGUGCUGAUGAUGCUCACUGUUUCCACCGUGUGUGGGAAUUUACUGCUGGUCCUGUCAGUGUGUUUAGUAAAGAAGCUGAAGCAGCCCUCUAAUUACCUGAUUGUGUCUUUGGCUGUGGCAGACCUGGCUGUGGCUGUGGCUGUCAUGCCUUUCGUUAGCAUCACUGACCUUAUAGGAGGACACUGGGUCUUUGGUCAGCUCUUCUGCAAUGUCUUCAUUGCCAUGGAUGUGAUGUGCUGCACAGCGUCAAUCCUCACCCUGUGUGUGAUCAGUAUAGACAGGUAUCUUGGCAUAUCGAAGCCGCUGACCUAUCCUGUGAGGCGAAGUGGAAAGUGUAUGGCAAAAAUAGUGUUGCUUGUGUGGCUGCUUUCUGCCUCCAUCACGCUGCCUCCAUUGUUUGGCUGGGCUCAGAACGUCAACGAUGAUAACAUGUGCCUGAUCAGCCAGGACCUGGGAUACACUAUUUAUUCUACAGCUGUGGCCUUCUACAUUCCCAUGUGUGUCAUGCUGAUCAUGUAUUUCCGGAUUUACCAAGCAGUCAAAAUCAGUGUGGCAAAGCACUCCAUUACAUUCCCCCCAAGAACUGAUGAUGGUGUGAACUAUGUCUCUGCUGUUUUGAACUUGCAGACGGAGGUGAAGGAGUGUGCAAGUUUCGCACGACUCCUGAGAACCGACCGCAUCUUCAAGCGUGAGCAGAAGGCGGCAACCACAUUGGGAGUUAUGGUGGGGGCAUUCAGUGUGUGCUGGCUGCCUUUCUUUCUGCUCUCCACGUUGCGGCCCUUUGUCUGUGGUGUGCACUGUAGUUGCGUCCCCUUGUGGCUGGAGAGAACCCUGCUGUGGCUGGGCUAUGCCAACUCGCUCAUUAAUCCCAUUAUAAACACAUUCUUCAACCGAGACCUCAGGACCACCUACCAGAACCUCAUUUACAGAAACUUCAACCGCAAACACUCGACAGCUAGCAUGCAGGAAACACUAAAGCUGCAAAGCCACACGUGAUGUAGUGAUAAAGAUGGGAUUGGGAAUUGAUUUCACAAAAUAGAACUGGGGUGAUGUGGCGCUUAGAACAUAUUUAGAAGCUUGUUAAUAAAUUUACUCAAGUGUUGCUUUAUUCCACCAUUUAAUACUUGCUACUGGUGCAAACAUUCAAUGAA